UUGUGCUGGGAAAAUUCCUGGCAGCAACUUAACUGUGCCUGCGUGCGUUACUUGACACAUCUCCGUGAAAAUGCGGACGCGACCCCACCGACGACGAAGCAAAAUUGCACGAGGUUAGAGCGAGCUUGGACCACGUUAUUGGUGUAUCAACAAAGCCGCCCGUUCAUCUUCUCUGUGGCGCCCACCUGAGGAAGCUCCGUUUCAGGAGCAGCUGCAUCAUGCUGGGCUCCGGCGGAGGACCGCUCUCGGUGCGGGUAUUGCCGGCCAUAGGUUUCGCUUUGACACGCAGGAGUCACCACAAUGCAGUCUCGAAAGGUUCUUGCCAAAAGACUUGGAGACGUAUUUUUCGCGUCGACCCGACCAAAUGUGCAAGGGAUCGCCGAUACCACCACACGGCGGCCUUCCGCCGAAGUGUGGGGCCAGCGCACCUUACGAAUCCGUGGUGUUACCUUCCUGCCAUGCGCUUUCGUAGUCAGGCUUUGUACGACGAUGUAUUUCGACAAUCCAUAGAGGGCUCACGGGAGUUCUGGGCACAGAAGGCAGCCUAUCUGGCGUGGGACACAAAGUGGGACAUGAUUCUCGACGACAGGGACGUGUUCUUCCCUAAAUGGUUUGCGGGGGGAAAGAUCAGCGUGUGCUACAAUGCGGUCGAUCGCCAUGUAGAGGCAGGUCUUGGAGAGAGGGUGGCCAUCAUCCACGACAGUCCAGUUACCAACAGCAUAACGAAGAUCACCUACAGUGAGCUUCAGAAACAGGUGUCUCAAGUAGCCGGCGUUCUCCACGAAUGGGGUGUCCAGAAGGGAGACCGCGUGAUCAUCUAUAUGCCCAUGAUCCCCGAGUCCAUCUACGGCAUGUUGGCAUGUUCCAGGAUAGGCGCUGUCCACUCUCUCGUCUUUGGAGGUUUCUCAGCACAGGAGCUGGCCGUGCGCAUCAGCCAUGCUCAAGCUGUCGUUUGCCUCUCUGCCAACUUCGGAAUCGAGCCUAAACGUACAGUGCCUUAUAAAGAUAUCUUGGACGACGCCAUUAACAUGUCGCAACACAAGCCAAAGAAGUGCCUCAUAUUUGAGCGCCCUGGGCAGGAGACAAUACCCAUGACGAAAGGAAGAGACGAGUUCUGGCGUGAAGCCACAGCUCGUGCCCGGCCUGUUGGCUGCACUGCAAUAGACGCUACGGACCCCUUAUACCUGAUUUACACAUCUGGAACGACAGGCGUUCCAAAGGCCAUUGUGAGGCCAGCAGGUGGUCACGCUGUUAACCUCUUGUACACGAUGCACUCCGUGUAUGGUAUCAGAGAAGGUGAUACCUGGUGGGCAGCCUCCGACCUUGGCUGGGUUGUGGGGCAUUCUUACAUCUGCUACGGUCCACUGCUCAAAGGCAUCACCACAGUUCUGUAUGAGGGAAAACCCGUUGGCACACCGGACGUGAGCAGCUAUUUUCGUGUCAUUGACCAGCACGGGGUUAGUGGUAUGUUCUCAGCCCCAACAGCUGUGAGGAUCAUCCGGAAAGAGGAUCCCAACUGUCAAACAAGCAAAAAGUAUGGAAUGGAAAAGUUACGGUAUGUUUUCCUCGCCGGAGAACGCUGUGACAUCGAAACACUGAAAUGGGCUCAACGUGCUUUCCGUGUCCCUGCUCUGGACCACUGGUGGCAGACAGAGACCGGUUCUCCACUUACUGCCACAUGCGUUGGCUUGGGCAAUCCUCUGAAGGUUCCUGACGAAGCAACAGGCCUUCCUGUACCAGGAUGGGACGUGCGGGUGUUGCUCGACGACGGGCUAGAGGCUGCUCCGCUGCAAAUGGGAAAUGUUGCAGUCAAGCUUCCUUUGCCUCCAGGAGCUCUGAGCACCCUGUACAAAGCCGAUGACGUAUUCAUCGAGAAGUAUUUCACCAAAUUCCCCGGUUACUACGACACCAUGGAUACUGGGAUGGUGCACCAAAAUGGCUACAUUAGCAUUUUCUCCAGAAACGACGAUGUCAUUAAUGUAGCUGGCCACCGUUUGUCCACCUCACAAAUAGAAGAGGCUAUCAUGAAGCACGAUGGAGUGGUCGAAUGCGCUGUGGUAGGCGUCCCAGAUCCCAUUAAAGGAGAGGUUCCCUUAGCACUCUUGGUUCUAGAAGACGGCACAACUACUAACUUUGAAGACGUGCGCCAGGAGCUGGUCGAAAUCGUGAGGGAAAGUGUCGGUCCAGUAGCCGCAUUCAGCUUGGCAAACAUGGUACCUGCCUUGCCAAAGACACGCUCUGGAAAGAUCCCACGAAAAACUAUCGCCGAUCUGGCCAGGAGCAGAGCAGUCAAGAUCCCUGUUACCAUUGAAGAUCCUAAAGUCUACCAAGCAGUGAAAAAAGCAUUGCAAGAACUUGGUUUUGCCAAAGAUGCGCCUGAUCCGAAAUAAAAUAUCAUUUGUGCAAGCUG